AAUGUCUAGUCUGUGUGAACCUGCGGGGCUGCCACUGAAGUAGCAGUUGGGACUUACUCCUCACUUGGAGCGACACACUCCCCAGACUUGGACUUGGUGUAACUAUCAGUUCACACGGUGGACUAUGCCCCCCUCAGUCAGCUGAGGGAGGGGGCUCUGCUCAGGCUCCCACCUGGACACGGCUGGGGCUGAAUCAAAGAGGCAACACUCCACAGUUUGCUUAUUGAAGAAGAUGCAAGCUUCAACUGUCUCACCUGUAACCAACUUCACUACAAUCUCCUCAAACACAACCACCACCACCAAGUCCAGAGAACAAGUCCUCAUCCAGAGUUCUGGGGCGAUGAUUGCCGUCAUCGUCAUUGGUAUCAUCAUCAUUCUCACCAUUCUCCUGAUCAUCCUGAAAACAUACAACAGGCGGACCCAUGUCUCCAGAGUCCUGGGAGCCAGCGGGGGCUCCAAACCCCGUCAGAAGAAAAUGUCAUCAUCCACAGUCCAGAGCAGCAUGCCGAUGAGCAACCUGGCGAUCAGCUCGGUGUCGGGCAGCAUCACAAACUCAAACCCGGUGUCAGAGAACGGCUUCCGCCUGCCCAGGGUGGAGCUGAACAGCACAGAGACAAACAACAUAGAGCAGUUCAGCACGACCAGCGGCUCCACAGUGGUCACCAUACAUGACGCUCCAUCGUUAGAAAACACAUAGCAGCAAGACCGGGGCUCAGUUUUACCAUGGGAGAGCACACAGUGUGGCAUCAGCUGAUGUCUCGCCUUCAUGUGAAACCGCCUCUUGUGUGUGCGUUUAAAUUCAUCUGAGGUUGACUGAAUCCUGUGGCGACUCAAUCUGUGACAGUAUAUCUCCACCAACUGCUGGUGUCUACAUGGAUGACAGGAGACCCUGAGGGUGCACUAAAAUAUACAUUAUGAACAAAAUGGUACAAAAAAGAGAUGCAGUGCAUUGCAUACAGUAUGAUGUAUGAAAUAAAAUGGACAUUUUUUUGUGAAGAUUUGCCUUUUUUGUGACUACAGUCAGUGUUCAAAGCAUGAGAGGCCGUGGCUCAUUACUGCCUGUACAUUUUGCAGCUGUCCCAUCACUUAUCAUAUGCAGUAACCAGGGAAAAUGUGACCAGAAAUAGUAAAGACUCAAAUGGCCAGACAGCGUUGCUCGAAAGUGUGUACAUUUCUGUAUUAAAAAAGGGCUUUGUGGGUUCAGACAUAAAGGUAGAAUUAGCAUAAACUUCAGAGAACAGAGCAUGAAGGGUUAAUCACGCCUGCAUGUAUUCACUUCAGUGGCUGUUGGUGUGACAGAGGAUAAUACUUGGAAUAUAGCAUCGCAUUUUAUUUUAUAGCAUUUUUUAUUUUUUUGACCAACUUUGACCACUGAAAUUAUAUAAAAAAAAUGAAAAAUAGUUCUGUUUACUUUGGUUCAUUGUGCAUCACAUUGUCUUUGUCCUCUACAGAUUCACUCAGAUGUGUUUUUGUUUCAAGAAUGUAAACUAAAAUGCCAGUGUAUAUAUAUUUAGAUAUGUAUUUUACCAUGUGCAGUGAAGAGACCGCAGAUUUUUUUUUUUCUGAAAGCUAGAAUCUGUUUGAACUCUCACUGUGCUGACAUGAAUCCUUUCUAGUUUGACACCAAAGGAUUUUGCACUUUAUUUGCCUUCCUCCU